UCGGAUCAUAUAUCUCCUCCAGGGAAAAGGAGCUGCCUUUGCAUUUAUUCUUUUGGCCCCUUCGGAGAUCGCCUUCGUCAAGAUUUGUUGGGAACCCAAUUCGCUGCGAUUCCCUUGUGGAAAGGCGCCGCUUUGGCUCCUGUUUCCCCACCGCUCCGGCCUCUCCCUAUAUAUCUAUCUGCCUCUCUUGUUCACACACGCCACAUACACCUGCCUGCCUAACUUUGGUUUACUUCGAUCCACCGGUUUUUGCCAUCCCCGUCUCGGCAUUUGAUCGUUGCCUAGUCGCUUGCUGAUUUGAUAAAGGCCAAAUCGCUGUCUGGCCCUUGUUUUUCUCCCUCUGGAGUUGUUGCGGUUGUUUGCUGUUCUUGGUGGGAGACAUGGCUGCCGAGAACGGAGGCGGCGUGCCGCAGUUCAGCGAGGAGGAGCUGCGGGACGUGAGCGGGGUGCGCUGGGGCGAGGACUUCGUGGAGGUGACGUGCGGAUGCACCAGCCACCGCUAUGGCGACGCCGUUGGCCACCUCCGCGUCUACGCUUCUGGCGACCUCGAGGUCAGCUGCGAGUGCACGCCCGGGUGUCGUGAAGACAAGUUGACGCCUUCUGCCUUUGAGAAGCACUCUGGAAGGGAGACUGCAGGAAAGUGGAGGAAUACUGUGUGGGUCAUGGUUCAAGGAGAAAAGGUUCCGUUGUCAAAGACAGCUCUGCUGAAAUACUAUUCACUGUCGCUCAAAUCUGCUAAUGGUUCUCACAAGGGCCGUAAUGGUCGCCCGUCACACCGUGAUGAGUUUAUUCACUGUACUGAAUGUGGCAAGGAGAGGAGAUUUCGGCUUCGGUCCACAGAAGAGUGCCGUAUUUACCAUGAUGCUCUUGCUAAACCUAACUGGACAUGUUCAGAUUUGACGACUGAUAGGGUCACCUGCGGCGAUGAGGAGGAGCGCGCGAGCCGCAAGGUGCUGAGAGGCUGCUCCCGCUCCACGUCCUGCUCCGGCUGCGUGAAGUGCGUCUGCUUCGGGUGCGAGAUCUGCCGCUUCACCGACUGCGGAUGCCAGACCUGCGUCGACUUCUACCAUAACUCCAAGGAGUAGGAGGAUGAAGCACCAGUGCACAACCAUGGCAGUGUACCAUUUCGAACCAUAAUGUUCUUUAAUUAGUUAACCCCCGGGCCAAAUGAUUCCCCAGCUUCACUGGGGGCCUCCUAUCCUAUCCUGAGAUGCUCUUUGACUAGCUUCUUCCCAUGGACAGCUACCAGGGAAAGCCGGCCAAUUUUGCUUCAUAUACAAUUCACCAACAAUUCUAUUCAAAUUCAUCAUUCUAUUACAUUGCCGGGAUCAUAUCUGUGGCUAGC